AUGGAUGGCAUGGCUUUCGAGUAUGAUCAGUUCUUUCACGAAGAAACGUUCGUCAUCGACAACUUUGGCGAGAUAUGCGAAGACAUAGUGCGGAUCGCCGGUGCUAGUUCACAGUAUUUCUACAAAGAGUUCGAGGCGGAGCAUCGACAUGAAAGUCCACCACCGGCCAGUUACACCGCUGCCAGUCGAUGUUUCGAAAAAGAGGUUCCUUCGCUGUUUUCCGAAAUGGAAUACCUUACGGAGGUGUCGCCUGAAACCGAAAUAAGUUUGACGUAUCGAAAGCCGGUUCCGGUGACGGUGAAUCCGAUCGAAUUUUCCUACAAGCGACACGAUCAGUUAUCGUUGGUGCCGUUUAGCGAAAAGUAUCUCGAAUCAUCCCAACCAGUGCCACCCCCCGAUCGUUUGGCAGAUGCUUCGUACGAUGCCGGUAAUAUAGACGAAGAUAGCUCACACGACGCGGCGCAAUCCGACGGUCUGGCUGUUCCGACAGAGUACAAACGUAUCCUGAACAAUUACAUACAAAAAGGACGCAAAAAGCUGGAAGCAAGCUCGUACUCGAAAAUGAAAGCUACCUGUCUUGCUAAAGAAAAGAUUAACUCACGUUCUACCUCGGUCAUUGAAACCGUUACCGUGACCGUUGCAAAUGGCCUACCGGAAGGUCGUUUUGCCACUGCCGUUGCAAACCCUCUUUCUUUGCCAAUGAGCCAAUGCCCAACCACUGCCAACAGUAUCCAGCAAUCGUUAAACGCAUCGCUGCCAAGACUGUAG